UGGCAUAUGGUGUUUAUCUGUCAGCCUGUGAACUGUGCCAUUCAGGCCAUCACACAGCAGGGGUUGAAGUGGGUAUCGCGCUGGGUGACUGCCUUCUGAACUUCGUCUAAACUCUGCUGUUAGUCCUCACUCAGUAAAUGACUUAGUAAGAGCAGAUCAACAUGCUUACAGGUCACAGAGUUAAUGAGAGGACCUUAGCGUUUUCCGCUGAGGCUGACAAAGGCCAGGUGGAGGUGAGGAGUUAUAAAGGGGAAAGGUAGACAGGUGGAGAUGUUCUCUGUACCUGUGUAGUCCUAUAGGCCUGGGCCCUUUUCAUUCCUAACUACCAGCUGCUCUGCUGCACUGAGGCCCCAAACACAGGUCUCCAUUCUAUGGCCCGGGUACCAUGGUCGGUGUCCAUGCUGUUACUGCUGGUGCUCUGCUCUCCAGGGGUUGCCACUGCCCCCGCCCAGCACCUGUGUGGCUCCCACCUAGUGGACGCCUUGUACUUCGUGUGCGGAGAGCGUGGCUUUUUCUACAGCCCGAACCGACCCCACAAGCGGGAUCUGGAGCACCUGCUCGGGUUCCUGUCUAAAAGGGCGAGACAGGAGCAGAGGCUGUGGAAGGCUCUUUCUGGCCGUGAUGAGCCCAAGGUGAAGAGAGGCAUCGUGGAGCAGUGCUGCCAUAAACCAUGCAGCAUUUACCACCUGGAGGGCUACUGCGACUGACUCGUCACUCCAAAACUAGCACCACUCAUAGCUUGUAAAAAGGUCUGGAAGUCCAUUUCCGGCCGAAUACUUGCUGGCUAUGUCUUAUCAACUGAAGGAAAUAAA